CCGCCCUGCCCCACCCCCACACUCCCGAGCCCCGCCUUGUCUCCACACUCCGGCGUCGCCUCCCUACCCGGCCCCGCUUCCGCGCUCCGGCUGCCAGCCCUCCGUUCCACGCUUCGGCUCCUCGUCUAUCUUCACGCCCACGCCAGACCCUGAGCCCCGCCUCCACGCCUCGGCGCCAACUCCACAUCCUGGCUCCUAUGUCUGCUUUCCAGGCAUCUCCCAGCUGCACACUCGGGCCCGGCUCAGAGUCCUAAGCCCUGCCUCCCGGUCCUGGCCCCGUUUCCCAGAACUGCACCGCGCCUCUCCGCCCAGGCCCAAGCCCGAGCCCCUCCUCCACACCCGAGUCCAAGCCCCGCGUCCCGGAUUCGGACCCGCCUGCCUGGGGCGGUGCUGCACCAGGUGCGGGUGUGGCAGGCGUCUCGGAGCGCCAGGUGCAGCUUCCAGGUCAAGAUGGUCGCCGUCUGCCGCUCGGUAGCCGGGCUCCUGCCACGCCGCCGCCGCUGCUUUCCCGCCCGGGCCCCGCUGCUGCGCGUCGCCCUCUGCCUCCUGUGUUGGGCCCCGGCGGCUGUGCGCGCGGUCCCUGAGCUCGGGCUCUGGUUAGAGACAGUCAACGACAAAUCAGGACCUUUGAUAUUUAGGAAAACUAUGUUUAACUCUACAGAUAUCAAGUUAUCUGUUAAGUCAUUCCAUUGUUCUGGGCCUGUGAAGUUUACCAUAGUGUGGCAUUUGAAGUAUCAUACCUGUCACAAUGAGCAUUCUAAUCUGGAAGAGCUGUUCCAAAAACAUAAACUUAGUGUUGAAGACUUUUGUCAUUAUUUCAAGAAUGACAACUGUUGGACAACAAAAAAUGAAAACUUAGAUUGCAACAGUGAUUCACAGGUGUUUCCCUCUUUGAAUAAUAAAGAACUAAUAAAUAUCAGAAAUGUUUCAAACCAGGAAAGAUCAAUGGAUGUUGUAGCCAGAACACAAAAAGAUGGGUUUCAUAUCUUUAUUGUUUCCAUUAAAACGGAGAAUACAGAUGCAAGCUGGAAUUUGAAUGUUUCUCUUUCUAUGAUUGGGCCUCAUGGAUAUAUCUCUGCAUCAGAUUGGCCCCUAAUGAUUUUUUACAUGGUGAUGUGUAUUGUUUAUAUAUUAUAUGGCAUACUCUGGCUGACGUGGUCUGCCUGUUAUUGGAAAGAUAUAUUAAGAAUCCAGUUCUGGAUUGCAGCUGUUAUUUUUUUGGGAAUGCUUGAAAAGGCAGUUUUUUAUAGUGAAUACCAAAACAUCAGCAACACUGGACUGUCAACCCAAGGCUUAUUGAUAUUUGCGGAGUUGAUUUCUGCGAUUAAGAGGACGUUGGCUCGCCUUCUCGUGAUCAUUGUGAGCCUGGGCUAUGGCAUUGUGAAGCCUCGUUUAGGAACAGUCAUGCACCGGGUGAUCGGACUGGGGCUUCUAUACUUAAUCUUUGCAGCUGUUGAAGGCGUGAUGAGAGUCAUUGGGGUGAGUGAUUCUGAUCUUGUUCUUCUGGCCAGCCUCCCCCUCUCUCUCCUUGACUCUGGCUUGUGCUGGUGGAUUUUUAUUAGUUUGGCACAAACUAUGAAGACCCUAAGGCUAAGAAAGAACACUGUGAAAUUUUCAUUAUAUAGACACUUUAAAAAUACUCUGAUCUUUGCUGUGCUGGCUUCCAUAGUGUUUAUGGGGUGGACAACUAAGACAUUUAGAAUUGCAAAAUGCCAAUCAGAUUGGAUGGAACGCUGGGUUGACGAUGCAUUUUGGAGCUUCCUUUUUUCACUUAUCCUUAUUGUAAUCAUGUUUUUGUGGAGACCAUCAGCAAACAAUCAGAGAUAUGCCUUCAUGCCCUUAAUAGAUGAUUCUGAUGAUGAAAUUGAGGAAUUCAUGGUAACUUCUGAAAAUUUAACCGAAGGAAUAAAAUUAAGAGCCUCAAAAUCAGUUUCCAAUGGAACAGCCAAGCCUGCCACUUCUGAGAACUUUGAUGAAGAUUUGAAGUGGGUAGAAGAAAAUAUUCCCUCUUCAUUCACAGAUGUAGCUCUUCCAGUGUUAGUGGAUUCAGAUGAGGAAAUCAUGACCAGAUCUGAAAUGGCUGAAAAAAUGUUCUCUUCAGAAAAGAUAAUAUGAUUGGAACCCAUAUAAGUGAAAUGUAGUUAAGCCUGAAGGACUAUCCUUCAUCAAGACUGAAAGCGAGCUUUGUUUUGAUAUUGCAUAAAAAUUUUUAUUGUGUUAUCUUGGAAGUCUGUGUAUCAAAAUGAAGAAUUCAGAUGGUAGGAGGGUUCUACAGUCCUUUUAAAGCUGAGUCUUGAGUGUCAGUUGAAUAUCCAUUAAAUUGGAUUUGGAAAUAACCUGAGGAAAGUAUUGUGAUAAAGAUCUGCACAGAUGCCUCUUAGCUGAUAGGUGGCAGGCCUGUGGGUUUGGGUUCUCCCUCUUUUCUCUGGAACAUAUGACAAUUCCAGAUUAAAGAAAAAUGUUUUUUAAUAAAUACCCUUGGUCUUUUUUCUAGUCCCUUUGAGGUAGAUAUUGUGAUUUUCUGGAGUAUAGUAUAUCCGUGUCUCUGUGUCUUGGGUUUACUAGAUGCAAUAAUACUUUUCUUUGAUAUUUGUACUGAAGUGAUUUGAUAUUAAGUAAAAUAGUUAAUGUUUGAAUAUAGGCAUAUUUAUAGGUUUUUGCCGCUCCCCCCACCCACCCUUUUUAAAAAAUCUGUACAAAGCCCUUGUUUGAGUCUCAUCAUGCACAUCAAAUCACGGAGUUAGGUCUUCUCUGAGCUCAGGGGAACACAAGUGCACAGAGAGAGAUGUCUUGAGGGUCACUACCAAAGAAUUACCCUCAUUGUCCCUCACUCAGGCCAUGUGUACAUGCGAUGCUGCUGAGUCUGCCGGGGUGGGUGGUGGCUACUUGGCUCCCCCAGAGCACUUCCUACCUGGCAAGCUGGGAGACCCUUUACUGGUGAACUUUGUGGAAAUUAGAACUGUAUCUUUUACAUAAUCUUGGCAUAUUACAUUUCAUAAUAAAAACGUACAUUUAGUUGCAUGCUGCAUCACUGUUGAUUUUAUAAUUAAUUUCUUAACCUUCAACCAUGUUUUAUACCUUAUUUCAUUACAUCAUAUAUUUGUAAUGUGUAAUAUGAGAUCUUUAGCUUUAAUGUCUUUUUUUAAAAUGUAGAAUGUUCUAAACUUGAAAGGCAAUUGAAUGUAGUAUGAUGAAAAUGUGAAUAUUUUGCUGCUAUCAUGACCAAAGAUACAGGGCUAGUGGACAUUUAGAAUAGUAAUUAAGGCUAGAGUCUUGUAUGUCUUUUCUUUGAAGGAGUUCUAACCUUGUAAAUUGAGAAUGACUUCAGAGAAUUUUGAUUAAGAAAACAUUAAAAUCUUAACCGGCACAAACACUCCAAUUUUUUUCACUGUGAAGCCGCAAGCAGUUUUUUUUCUUUUUCUUUCGAAAGCCUACCUUCUGAAUUUAUUUCUUGUUUACUCAUUUCAGAGAGGGUAGUAAAGAAGAUCUAUUUCUGGUAGUCAUAUCACUUGAAAGAUAUUGGUAAAUGUUUUCAGUCGUGACCAUGUGGAAAGUGAACAGUGCUGGCAAACAUUACUGAGAAAAUCAUGCUUUUCAAGAUGCCCUUGCUUUGGGAUAUCCUUCCUAGAGAGAAAAAAAAAAGUAAUUUAACAAUUGUGAAUUCCAUUUCUUAUUUCAGUUUCUGCUGCAGUAAUGGGUUCCAACCCACUAUAAUUCCCAGCGUUUAUGUUCUGUUGUAUUCUCCCCUUAGCCCAGUAACAUUGUUAUCUAAUACCCCACUCCCCAAGUUUUGAGACAGAUUGAUCCCUUACUCAUUAUGUGGCUCUAGCUGAAUUUUAAAAUGUGGAAUACUGGGCUUGCAGGCAGUAGGAGCUGCAAAUCUGGUAGAGUGGGAGUGAGGAGUUAAUGGUGAGUAUGUUAAUAAGGGAAACUGUCUCUGACAGAACCUCAGUAAUGUUUACCAAAACAUGUCUUUCUACAGCUGGUAGGAUAAAUGAUGCUACCUCUGUAGCUCAGCUACAGGCUGCAGUGCAAACUUUUCUUCCAUCCAGAGAAAGCAGAAUUCCCUCCUAGUAACCUCAUCACAAAUACUGUUUCUAGAAGGGCAUGUGCUGUCUGUCACCUUCAGUAAUAUUUGUGCCAUCUCUUGAUGGCUGAUGACCUGGAUCGAGUAUUUCUAUGAAGGGUCUUCUUAGGCCCCUCACAUACGCAGGAGGGGCGCUCUAGUGCCAUAGCUGUAGUUCACAGGAAGGACACCAGGAGAAGUUAUACCUAGGGCUACUGAGAGCUCAUCAUCCCUGCUUCUGCGCAAAGUUUCCUGAAACUGGCCAUCAGGGCCUCUGAGGCACUGAAAUCAGUUUACUUUUAGCAUGCCCCCAUCAGGAUGGGUCUCACUGUUAGUGAGGAUACGGGUCUGGUUUGACGUUUUUCUAAGCAAAAUGCUUAAGUGUUCUGGUUAUGCCAUUCAUUCAUAUGAUGUGUGAAAUUUGCUUAAAAGGGAAUUUUCAUGAUUUGAUUUAGAUUAGUAUUUAAGUCUCUGCUUUAGGUAGCAAUUAAUUUUAUUGCAAAAAUAAGGAAAAAUAUGUGAAUAUGUGAAUUUUUUAAGCCUGAGAGAUGAUAGAAUGUUCCCAUAUUUUUCUUGUAAAGAAAAUAAUAUUUUAACUUACACAUCCUGUAGAAAAUACCACCUUUUCCCCUUAUAUUACAGUACAAUGUUUACAUUACUAUACUGUCAAGCUGAAAGUAUAAAAAAUGUACAUAUACAUUUUGAUUUAUAUAUCCUUUUUUUUAAAAAAAAAAGUUUGAGUCUGUUGCACUAGGCUAUAUAUGACUAAAGUUGACAGAUGCUAUGCUAGAUUUAUAAUCACUAGUUCUGGUACUUGUGUCUUUGUAUGAUUAAAGCAUGCAAUAAGCAAUACAAAAUACCAAGCCUUAUACUUAAAAGAAGUUUAACUUAUUGGUUAAUAUACUGGUUAAACAUAUUGAAUGUAUAUAAGUGGCAAAACUAGAUUUUUAAGGAAGUGUACAUUAUAAUAUUGGAGCUCAGUACCGCAUGAAGAAACUUCAUUAAAACUAAGAAAACAUUUAUUUGGGGAGAAAUUUUAGGCGUUUAAGAACUUGUAUUUUUCUAUUUUAAAAAGUUAAAUUAUUCCGUAAUUUGGAAGAAGUUUCGUUGAAUGUAGGACAUAACCAUUUGAAGGGUUUUCAUUUGAAAAAUUGAUGUAUUUUGUGCCUUAAUAUUUUGUUCUUUUAAUAAAAAUGCUCUGAAUUUGAA